GAUUUGGGCCAAAUUGUAAUUACAAUCUAAAGCUUCGUAUAUCUGGGCCUACGGCCAUUGUGUGCGCGCGACGAACAGCGAAAGAUGGGAAUGGAGGCAAAUUCAGCGGAGCAGACACCUGCAGAGACGACGCCAGAGCAUGUAGACGCCUUGCUUGAAGCUGCUAGAUACGAUGAUCUCGACGACCUCGUUAGUUUAGCGUCUGUUGGUGUUCCCCUUGAUUCCAGGGACUCGCUCGGCCGAACAGCACUUCAUAUGGCUGCAGCUAAUGGACAUCUUAACAUCAUAGAAUAUCUUAUCGGUAGAGGAGUGGAUCUUAAUGCUUUUAAUGAAGAGAAGAAUACACCUCUUCAUUGGGCUUGCCUCAAUGGGCAUCUUGAGGUGGUUAAGAAACUGAUAUUGGCAGGAGCAAAUGUGAGUGUAUUAAACAGCUAUGAGAAGACUCCAAUGGAUGAGGCCGCAAGUAGGGGUAAAAUGGACAUCAUUGAUGCUAUUAAUGAAGCAGUGGCACAAGUUGAACUUACUGGUAUCAGGGUUUCCUAAUGCAGGACUUUCCCAAUAGAAGUCAAACUUACGAAAGAUUUGCUGUUGUUUUCUUUUGUUAGAAA